AUGACCGGCUGGUUAUGGUUGGGCGAUAGGCGUUUGUUGUCUGCCUUGUACAGUCGACCCUUCCAGUUCACCCAAUCACCAAUUCAGUAUCCUACAAGCUAUGAAGAUCCCAACACGGGUGUUUACCAUGCACAGUUGACAGGCGACCAAAAAGGCAAUCUUCAGCAUUUAUUCAACCGCGAAGAUGAGCCAAUGGUGCUCAUUGGUUCAUAUGUCAUCACCUCCUGUGGGCUGAAUCUCCAACAUCGCUGCCAUCACGUAGCCUUUCUCGACCCUCCACCAUCAAAAGCCACGGGCGAGCAAGCGGUUGCCCGUGUUCAUCGAGUUGGACAGGCCGAGAUUGUAGAUGCAAUUACUUUCUCUACCAACAAGACAUUCAAUGAUCGACAAUUUCUCAACAAUAUAAGAAAAGCAAUGCCAGGUCUUUUGGCAAGUCUGAAUAAGAGACUCUUUGGGAGAAACAUCACCUCUGCCGCCUUUGAGGAUGAGGAAUUUGUUCCUGACGUUGGAGAGUGGGUCAAGUGGCAAGGAGUGAUUAUUCGCCAUUAA